CGGAGGAGGAGGAGCAGCGCCGCGCCCCCGCCCCGGCCGCCCGGCCGCCCGCCUGAGCGCAGGCCGACAGCUCCAGCCGCAGCCGGCGGGUCCGGGCCGCCUCCGCCGGAGCCCGGCGCGGGCAGAGUCCGGGCCGAUGGGCAGCGCCGGGCAGCGGCGGGCGGCGAGGCGGCGGCCCCGGGACGCGCCAGCACGCGCUCGCGAGCUGUAGCCGGUCCCGGCGGACUGCGUUUCAGAGGAUCUUGCUCCUGGUUGUGCGACCUGAAGCCUGCUGUUCUCCCUGCAGGUGAAGGAAACGCUCACGGCCAGAUGACUUAAGGAAUGCUCUUGAAAAGGACGGAGGUAUACAAAAUUAUUACAACAACUGAGAAGCAAGUUGGUUUCGGAGAAACCAUACUCUGAGGAUGUUGUUUGCUUUUGGUUAAAAACAGAAAAUACACUGUAGAAGAAGCCUUAUGUCUGCAUUUGAUAUUGCAUUGUCAAUAACAAUGUAAUUAGAUUUCCAUCAGUCUUCUGGUGGGAUCGGAGCUUUUUGCCUGGGUAGACAUGAGUGACCCAAGGCAGUCACAAGAAGAGAAGCACAAGCUUGGCAGAGCCUCUUCAAAGUUCAAAGAUCCUCCCAGAAUCAUGCAGUCCGAUGACUAUUUUGUUCGAAAAUUUAAAGCCAUUAAUGGCAACAUGGGACAUGCCACUUCUUUAAAUGCCUCAAAUUCCAGCGAGAGUGGUGGUCCGGCCAAUGGUACCCCAGCUGUGCCCAAGAUGGGUGUGAGAGCAAGAGUGUCUGAGUGGCCUCCCAAAAAGGACUGCUCCAAGGACCUAGCCUGCAAGGCACUGUGGGAAAGCAGGUCUCAGACCAGUUACGAAAGUGUCGUAUCCAUCAUGCACAAUGGGCAAAACGACCAGAGCGAUGGUCAGCAAGAGGAGCAGCUUGACCUAGACUUUGUGGAGGCAAAGUAUACAAUCGGAGACAUCUUUGUGCACUCUCCUCAAAGAGGACUUCACCCCAUAAGACAGAGAAGCAAUAGUGAUGUCACCAUCAGCGACAUCGACGCUGAAGACGUCUUAGACCAAAACGCAGUGAACCCCAAUACGGGGGCCGCCCUCCACCGGGAGUACGGAAGCACGUCUUCCAUAGACCGGCAAGGCUUAUCUGGCGAGAACUUUUUUGCUAUGCUCAGAGGCUACCGAGUAGAGAAUUAUGACCACAAAGCGAUGGCCCCUUUUGGGUUCCCUGAGUUUUGCCCCUGUGACCCUGCCGUCUCUCCCAGCCUUCAUGCAGCGGCACAGAUUUCUAGAGGAGAAUUUGUCCGCAUCUCAGGAUUAGACUACGUGGACAGUGCCCUCCUCAUGGGGAGAGACAGGGACAAGCCUUUCAAACGGAGGUUAAAGCCGGAGUCCGUGGAAACGUCCCUCUUCCGAAAGCUGCGAGCUGUUAAAAGUGAACAUGAAACUUUCAAGUUCACGUCUGAUCUGGAAGACAGUCGUCUUGAGAGGGGCGUCCGCCCUUGGAAUUGCCAGCGGUGUUUUGCACAUUAUGAUGUCCAGAGCAUUUUGUUUAAUAUCAACGAAGCCAUGGCUACGAGGGUUAAUGUGGGGAAAAGGAAAAACAUAACCACCGGAGCGUCUGCAGCCUCCCAGACUCAGAUGCCAGCCGGCCAGCCGGGCAACUGUGAAUCCCCUUUGGGCAGCAAGGAGGAUCUCAACUCAAAAGAGAACCUGGAUGCUGAUGAGGGGGACGGGAAAAGUAAUGACCUCGUCCUGAGUUGUCCUUACUUUAGAAAUGAGACAGGGGGUGAAGGUGACAGGAGGAUCGCACUCUCCAGGGCCAACUCAUCAUCCUUCAGCUCUGGAGAAAGUUGUUCCUUUGAAUCCUCUCUCAGCUCUCACUGCACAAAUGCAGGCGUCUCCGUCUUGGAAGUGCCCAGAGAGAACCAGCCGAUUCACAGGGAGAAAGUGAAGCGCUACAUCAUAGAGCACAUUGACCUUGGGGCCUACUAUUACCGCAAAUUCUUCUACGGAAAAGAGCACCAGAACUACUUUGGGAUAGAUGAAAACCUUGGCCCUGUGGCCGUCAGCAUCCGGAGAGAGAAGGUGGAAGAUGCCAAGGAGAAAGAAGGGUCUCAGUUCAACUACCGAGUGGCUUUCAGGACGAGUGAGCUUACCACCCUGAGAGGAGCAAUUUUGGAAGAUGCAAUACCCUCUACAGCCAGGCACGGUACCGCACGAGGACUACCUCUCAAAGAAGUUCUGGAAUAUGUCAUUCCAGAGCUGAGCAUUCCGUGCCUGAGACAAGCUUUGAACUCACCCAAGGUCUCAGAGCAACUGCUCAAGCUGGAUGAACAAGGGCUGAGCUUUCAGCACAAGAUUGGGAUCCUUUAUUGCAAAGCGGGCCAGAGCACGGAGGAGGAGAUGUAUAACAAUGAGACGGCGGGACCAGCUUUUGAGGAAUUCCUUGAUCUUCUGGGCCAGAGAGUACGGCUGAAAGGAUUCAGUAAAUAUCGAGCUCAGCUAGACAAUAAAACUGAUUCUACGGGAACUCACUCCCUCUACACCACAUACAAAGAUUACGAACUCAUGUUCCAUGUGUCCACCAUGCUUCCCCACAUGCCCAACAAUAGACAGCAGCUUCUGAGGAAAAGGCAUAUAGGAAAUGACAUCGUGACCAUUGUCUUCCAAGAGCCUGGAGCACUUCCUUUCACUCCAAAAAGCAUCCGGUCCCACUUUCAACACGUCUUUGUCAUAGUCCAAGUGCAUAAUCCAUGUACUGAAAAUGUGUGUUAUAGUGUUGGAGUUUCUAGAUCAAAAGAUGUGCCACCGUUUGGUCCACCAAUUCCCAAAGGCGUAACUUUUCCAAAGUCAGCAGUAUUUCGGGACUUCCUUUUAGCCAAAGUAAUCAAUGCAGAAAACGCAGCCCAUAAGUCAGAAAAGUUUCGAGCGAUGGCCACUCGAACAAGGCAAGAGUACUUGAAAGAUCUGGCGGAGAACUUUGUCACAACCGCCACCGUGGAUACCUCUGUGAAAUUCAGCUUCAUUACACUGGGUGCAAAGAAAAAGGAGAAAGUAAAGCCAAGGAAGGACGCCCAUCUGUUUAGCGUCGGCGCAAUCAUGUGGCAUGUGAUAGCUCGGGACUUUGGACAGUCUGCUGACAUUGAAUGUCUUCUUGGGAUCUCCAAUGAGUUCAUAAUGUUGAUUGAAAAGGAUUCCAAGAAUGUUGUAUUUAACUGUUCCUGCCGGGAUGUCAUUGGGUGGACCUCUGGAUUAAUGAGCAUCAAAGUGUUUUACGAAAGAGGAGAAUGUAUCCUUCUGUCCUCCGUGGAUAACUGUGCCGAAGACGUAAGGGAAAUUGUUCAGCGAUUAGGAAUAGUGACGAGAGGCUGCGAGACUGUGGAAAUGACCCUGAGGAGGAACGGGCUGGGCCAGCUUGGCUUCCACGUGAAUUUUGAAGGAAUCGUUGCAGAUGUGGAACCUUUCGGCUUUGCCUGGAAGGCCGGUCUUCGCCAAGGGAGCCGCCUUGUGGAGAUCUGCAAAGUGGCCGUGGCCACUCUGACCCACGAACAGAUGAUCGACCUGCUCCGGACUUCCGUGACCGUGAAGGUGGUCAUCAUCCAGCCACACGACGACGGCUCGCCCCGGAGAGGGUGUUCAGAGCUCUGCCGGAUCCCCAUGGUGGAAUAUAAACUCGACAGCGAAGGCACCCCCUGCGAGUACAAAACCCCCUUCCGGAGGAACACCACGUGGCACCGGGUGCCCACGCCUGCCCUGCAGCCGCUGUCCAGGGCCUCCCCCGUCCCCGGCACGCCCGACCGGCUGCAGUGCCAGCAGCUGCUCCAGCAGGCCCAGGCUGCCAUUCCCCGCAGCACCUCCUUCGACCGCAAGCUGCCCGAUGGCACGAGGCCAGGUCAAGAUGUUGACACUCCGCAGAUACCUCAGUGCCCUGUUAAUGACUCUAGUCAACAUUUCAGAAGUUCACCCAGCAACCAGUCAUCCUCCAGUGACCCCGGACCCGGAGGCAGCGGACCCUGGAGACCGCCAGUGGGAUACGAUGGGUGCCAGUCUCCCCUACUGCUCGAGCACCAGGGCUCAGGCCCUUUGGAAUGUGAAGGAGCCCGGGAGCGGGAGGACACCAUGGAAGGGAGCAGACACCCAGAAACCAAAUGGCAUGGCCCACCUUCCAAAGUCCUGAGUUCCUAUAAAGAGAGAGCCUUGCAGAAAGAUGGAAGCUGCAAAGAUUCCCCCAAUAAGCUUUCUCAUAUUGGAGAUAAAAGUUGCUCCAGUCACUCCAGCAGCAACACGCUCUCCAGCAACACUUCCAGCAACAGCGACGACAAACACUUUGGGUCCGGGGACCUGAUGGACCCAGAAUUGCUGGGGUUGACCUACAUCAAAGGGGCCUCCACUGACAGCGGCAUUGACACGACCCCGUGCAUGCCUACCACAGUCCUCGGCCCCGUUCACCUGGCGGGCAGUAGGUCCGUGCUCCACAGUCGGGCGGAACAGUGGGCUGACUCUGCCGACAUCUCAGGGCCUGAUGAUGAUCAGGCGAAGAUGUACGCUGUCCACAGCUAUGCGCCCGCCAUCUCUGCCGGCAGUGCUGCUGACGGCAGCAUGGGUGACCUCAGCGAAAUCUCUUCUCAUUCCAGUGGUUCACACCACUCAGGAAGCCCUUCGGCUCACUGUUCCAAAAAUUCCGGCUCUCUGGAUACGUCCAAAGUCUAUAUCGUGUCUCACAGCAGUGGUCAGCAGGUCCCAGGGUCCAUGUCCAAGCCCUACCACAGACAAGGGGCAGUGAACAAAUAUGUCAUCGGCUGGAAGAAAUCAGAAGGCAGCCCACCACCUGAGGAGUCCGAAGGAACUGAAUGUCAGGGGCUGUACGGUGAAAUGGAUCUCAUGGCCACGGCCACUCAGCAUCAGACUGUGGUGGGAGAUGCUGUUUCAGAAGCUCAACACGUUCUGUCAAAAGAAGACUUUCUGAAAUUGAUGCUCCCUGACAGCCCCUUGGUAGAGGAGGGGAGAAGAAAGUUUUCGUUCUAUGGGAACCUGUCUCCGCGACGGUCACUGUACCGCACCCUCUCUGAUGAAAGCAUCUGCAGCAAUAGGAGGGGCUCUUCCUUUGGCAGUUCCCGGAGUUCCAUACUUGACCAGGCCCUGCCCAAUGACAUUCUGUUCAGCACCACGCCGCCCUACCACAGCACCCUGCCUCCCCGGACGCACCCUGCGCCCAGCAUGGGGAGCCUGAGAAAUGAGUUCUGGUUCUCCGAUGGGUCCUUAUCGGAUAAGUCCAAGUGCGCAGAUCCUGGCCUGAUGCCCCUCCCGGACACGGCCACGGGGUUAGAUUGGUCCCACCUCGUGGACGCUGCUCGGGCAUUUGAAGGUCUUGACUCAGAUGAAGAACUUGGGCUGCUCUGUCACCACACGUCCUAUCUAGACCAGAGAGUGGCAUCCUUCUGCACCCUGACAGACAUGCAGCACGGGCAGGGCCUGGAGGCAGCCCAGGAGCUGCCUCUGUGUGUAGAUCCAGGCAGCGGCAAAGAUUUCAUGGACGCAACUGGGGAGCGGUCUCCAUCAACACUGACCGGUAAAGUCAAUCAGCUGGAAUUGAUUCUUCGGCAGCUGCAGACCGACCUUAGAAAGGAGAAGCAGGACAAGGCCGUUCUCCAGGCUGAAGUGCAGCAUCUGCGACAGGACAACAUGCGGCUGCAGGAGGAGUCCCAGACGGCGACCGCUCAGCUGCGGAAAUUCACGGAAUGGUUUUUCAACACCAUCGACAAAAAAUCGUAACCAGUCCGCCCCACCAAGGGACCAUUGGGAAAUACCUAGAGUCCCUGCAAAGUUGCAAACGUGUGGUUUUUAGUUAUGCUUUCAGCCAAUCGUAGCUGUCCUUGCUAUUCCACUCUGUCCAGCACCACUCACCCCGGCAGGAUAGGCCGCCGCGACUCUUUCUUGGUACCAUCUUGUGAUAGCGGAGAGCAAGGCUGACGUGAGGAUGAAGAUGAAUGUAACUCCCGGUGUCAAGAUGAAUGUAAACCCCGGUGUCGUGUAGACCUUUUCCGUUCAGACUCUACUCCAAUGGUGCUCUGGUGUGGGCUUACCUCAAGAGGGAAGAGAGUUGGGUUAAUUCCCUAUAUAUCAGGUGACCUGGUAGAGAUGUUAAAGCAAUUUACCAUAGUUUGGGCUUUAGUAUUGUAAAAUAAACAUGAAAACAAAUAAUCAGACAUAUACUUUAAUGUUAAAGGUGCUCUAUUUUUUUGGAUGUACAGUAGUUUUAUUUCCACAGCCACAUUAUCAUAGCAAUAAGAAAGAGGCGUAGUAAAUAGUGGGAAAAGCUGUGUCGGGAAAAGCACUGAUGUGUUUAACACUAGUUUGAAUGCAGUUACUACUUUACAGACUUAUUUAUUUGCAGGAGCAAACGGUGCCUGAAUAUUAACAGUGUUCUGAUUUAAAAAAAGAUACAUAUGCCUUGUAAAUGGCUCACUAAGUAGUCACUUCAAGUCUUCGUUCACUUUUGUAUAGUUACCGCUCUGCCGAGAGAGAAUAAAUCCGCUUCCUUCCCAGGCCUCUGCCGUGUGUGUGAGCCAGCAGAAUCACGUGUACAAUGCCAAAUUUGUUUAUCUUUGUACAGAAGCUUUGAUGAAGUGUCUUGUAUUUAACACCCUUAUUUAAGCUUAUUUAACCUGAAAUUGUUAAUUUUAUAAACUUGGUUUUACCUGCACUAUGAUGAGAGAGGGGUAGCGGGCAGCAGGCUCAGGAAAGGCUGGGCUUGCCCAGGAAAGUCGCAGGAGCAGGGCGGGGAAUUCUAACAACUGGAUGCUGCUAGUAACAAUUUGUUUGUAUUGCUUUACCAUUUUUAACUGUUCUAUUUGAGAUGAACGUACGUUUUGCUUUUUUAAUAAAUGUUUAAAAGAGUCCACAUAA